CCAAAAAACCUCAGAAAGAUUACAUUUCGGCCACGAACUCCCAAUUCUAAUAUCGUAUCGACCGAUACUUCAAAAACCGUUUUUCCCGUUAAAAUCUCUUUCCAUGGGAAACGGUGUCCGCAAGCUCUCCCUCUGCUUCUCUGGCAGUGAUCGCCUCGUCAUAGCUGCCAUCGCAUCUGAACCGUUGGAUGAAGGUCUGGGCCACUCCUUCUGCUACGUCCGUCCAGACCCAUCUCGGAUUUCGUCGUGGAAUGCCCAUACGGAGGAAUCGGCCGCUGCUGCGAUGGUGUUCCGAUCGAUCUCGGGCGCGUCCGUCUGCGCCAACGUAUCUACCCCUCUUUCUACUGCCUUCGCCGAUCUCUACUCUGACAAUUCCGUUGAUUGCGUGUCGGCAACCUUCGAGAGCUCGGAUUCUUUCGCUUCAGUCCCGCUUCAGCCUCUCCAUCGGUUGAAUCCAGACCUGAUUGGUGGAAUUACCCAUUCCGGACCGAUCGAAAGAGGUUUCUUGUCAGGCCCGAUAGAACGCGGGUUCUUGUCGGGCCCGCUUGAUCAUAGGAUCUUUUCUGGUCCGUUCGAUGGAGGUUCGAAUCAGUUCCAGCGGAGUUUCUCUCAUAGUGAAUCUGCAUUCCGACUCAGAUCGAAGAAGAAGAAAGGUUCCUUGAUUCGAGUCAUGAAGAAGGCGAUCGCACAGACGGUCAGGAAGAAUUCAAUCGUUGCACCGGUUAAAUCGGGCCCUCCAAUUAAGAAAUUGGAUUCAAUCGCAAUGGAGAAGAACGGAGAGAACGUUGGCACUCAUGUAAGCAGCGAUUCGAGUUUUGAGGGCUGUGAUUCAUUGAGUCAGAAUCUUCAGUGGGCCCAGGGGAAAGCAGGGGAGGAUCGAGUUCAUGUUGUCCUAUCGGAAGAACAUGGGUGGCUCUUUGUUGGAAUUUAUGAUGGAUUCAACGGUCCAGAUGCACCUGAUUACCUUCUCUCCAAUCUGUAUUCUGCAGUCCAUAAGGAACUCAAGGGAUUAGUGUGGGAAAAUAAGCUCGAAUCGGCCAUUGAUUCUGUUUUAGAGAAGGUUACUAUUCCCACCCACGAGUCUGAUCUAAGUAGAACGAGAGAUCGGACGGUUGAUAGUCGUUCUCAGUGUGUGGGGCCAUUUGGAGGCACCCCAAAUUCAAAUUCGAAUUCGAAGAGGAUUAGGAGUAAUAAUUCGAGGAGAUUUAAAGGGUCAGCUAAGAAAACAGAGGAGAACCGAAAGAGGUGGAAAUGCAGAUGGGAUACUGAGAGAUUGGAGCUCGAUAAGAGAUUUAAGGACCGGUCCGACUCUGAUCAGAUGGUUAAUCAUUCAGAUGUUUUGAAGGCUCUUUCUCGGGCCUUGAGAAAAACAGAGGCGGCCUAUUUGAAAAUCACAGAUAAGAUGGUCACAGAGAAUCCUGAAUUAGCCUUGAUGGGAUCGUGUGUUUUGGUCAUGUUGAUGAAGGGUGAGGAUGUUUAUUUGAUGAACGUCGGCGACAGUCGUGUCGUUAUAGCUCGUAAACCAGAAAAUGAUGUGUGGGGUUCUCUUGGAAAGGCCCAUCAGGACUUGGAUCGGAUCAAUGAGGAAACUUCGAAUGAUCUCGAUGCGUUCGAUGGUCAUCGGCUGCCGGACUUUCCAAAUUUAAUGGCUCUUCAGCUGACAUUGGAUCAUAGUACCUGUGUUGAAGAGGAAGUUCAAAGAAUCAAGAAAGAACAUCCCGACGAUGCUUCCGCUGUUGUAAAUGAUCGUGUCAAAGGCUCAUUGAAGGUCACAAGAGCUUUCGGCGCCGGCUUCCUGAAGCAGCCCAAGUGGAACAAUGCACUUCUAGAGAUGUUUAGAAUCGAUUACGUCGGAAUGUUGCCGUACAUCACAUGCGCCCCAUCUCUCUAUCACCAUCGAAUUGAGUCGAAAGAUAGAUUUUUGAUACUGUCUUCAGAUGGACUAUAUGAAUACUUCACCAACGAAGAGGUGGUUUCAGAAGUUGAGAUGUUCAUCACAUCCUCGCCGGAAGGAGAUCCUGCCCAACAUCUCAUCCAAGAAGUACUUUUCCGUGCAGCGAAGAAAGCAGGAAUGGAUUUUCAUGAGCUGCUCGAGAUACCACAAGGUGACCGGCGGCAAUACCACGAUGAUGUUACUGUCAUCAUUAUCUCAUUGGAGGGAAGAAUUUGGAAAUCAUCUGUAAACAGAUCUACAGACUAGAGAAGAUACCAAAUUCCACCGGAAAAACUGGGCCGUCUCUAUUUUCUCCUGUCGCAUUUGUAACAUACCCAUUUGAAUCAGGUGGCAAAGGACUGCAAAGGCGCAAAAGCUGCUACAAGUUUAUUAUACUCGCUAAAAAAUGUAAUUUUAAUUAACGGUUUUAUUGAUUUAGAUUGCAAGAGUGACCAUUUUGGUCCCAUUUUUGCCCCAUGUUUUAUAACACCAAUAGAGGAUCGCAUGGUCCGAAGAAUGGCUUCAUUUUUUCCC